AACAACAAAAAUCGUUGCGUAUUGGGGUCAACCUGCAGGAACCCCUUCGGUCAAAUUUGAUUCAAUUCCUCCAGUCAAACACUGAUGUAUUUGCAUGGAAACAUGAAGACAUGAAAGGGAUCGACCCACAGAAGGCAUGCCAUCGUCUCAAUUUGGAUAAGACUGUCAAACCGGUUAUUCAGAAACGUCGGAAAUUUGGUCCGGAUCGCCAGAAGGCUCUUGAAGAGGAAGUAAAUAAGCUCAUAGACAAUAAAUUUAUCAAGGAAGCCAAGUAUCCGACAUGGAUAUCGAAUCCUGUUUUAGUUAAGAAAGCCACCGGUCUUUGGCGUCUUUGUAUAGAUUUCUCAGACUUGAACCAAGCGUGCCCGAAAGAUAGCUACCCUAUUCCGCACAUUGAUUAUAUGGCGGACGCUACGUCGGGACACCAACUUAUGAGUUUUCUGGAUGCCUAUUCAGGCUAUAAUCAGAUUCCCAUGCACCCUGAUGACGCUGAGCAUACCUCGUUCUAUUCAGCUCGAGGCCUUUAUUGCUAUGUCAUGAUGACUUUUGGAUUGAAGAAUGCAGGGGCCACGUAUCAGAGAUUGGUCAAUAAGAUGUUUGCUCGUUUAAUUGGCCAUACAAUGGAAGUUUAUGUAGACGACAUGUUAGUAAAGUCGGAACAGGCCCCCGACCAUAUUGCCCAUCUCUCCGAAGUCUUCGAUAUACUCCGAGAAUAUUCCAUGGUGCUUAACCCCAAAAAAUGUACUUUCGGAGUUGGAUCAGGGAAGUUUCUAGGAUACCUGGUGAGCCAAAGAGGGAUCGAAGCCAAUCCCGCCAAGAUCCAAGCCAUACUUGACCUAGCUCCCCCGACAUCUCUCAAAGGCGUCCAAGCCUUAACUGGUCGGCUGACAGCUCUUAAUCGGUUCAUUUCGAAAUCUACGGAUCAUUGUAAACCAUUCUUUGACGCUAUCAAAAAGAAGAAACCGUUUGAAUGGACCAUGGAAUGCCAGAAUGCUUUUGACAAUAUUAAACAAGUUCUCCUGCAGUUACCGACAUUACAAAAGCCACUUCCUGAUGAAUCUCUCUAUUUAUAUCUUGGUGUAAGUAACGCUGCUGUCAGUGCUGUUCUUAUACGACAAGACGGACUUCAACAGUUUCCGGUAUAUUAUGUUAGCAAGGCCUUACACGACGCUGAAUUACGAUAUCCGCAUACAGAAAAGCUGGCCUAUGCCCUGAUCAUUGCUGCACGAAAGUUGCGCCCAUACUUUUUGGAGCAUUCAAUUGUUGUGUUCACGACAUAUCCUCUCCGACAAGUCCUUCACCGACCUGACACGUCGGGAAGAAUGAUUAAAUGGGCAAUUGAGUUGGGACAGUUUGAUAUCCAGUAUCGGCCACGAACCGCUAUCAAAGCCCAA